CAACACACGACAUGCACGAGCGAUUCGUAUGCGCCUCUUCAGCCUGAGAUGUGAGAUGGUUCAAUUCCUCCAUUUCUCCUCGACGUUUGCGUCGGAAUCAUGCAUUUGUGCCUGUAACGACGAGUCCUUGAGCAGGUUACCGGUACUUUGCGCAAAUACUCUUUGAAUCAUGUUAACUUGACAACGUUACUCUACGUUCAGUACGACAUCGAAACUCCAAUCAAGAUAUCAGACUCAAUCUAGCCAUUCGAACUUUCCAUAUCGUGAGCCAGAUGAGUCUCAUGGAUGACCGGAGAGACCUAGUUGGAGGUCGUUACUAUGGGCCGCCACCUCCUGAGAUUGCUGUGGCACCACCAGCCAAACCCCGCCGGAAGAUACGACGACAAUCGCCUCAAGAAACCGUGCGCCAGUUUUGGGACAAACUCAACACCAAAUACCCCGGAAAGGUGUUCACAGUCCUUCCUGACAACCCGUACGCUCGCGAAAAAGCUGCCAAGCGGCCCCUCGGUGUUGUGUCGGGCCAACGGGCUGCAAAGUCAUACGAGGAGGCGCGUAGGGAGUGCGAGCAUGACGUCGACCGGAUCAUUCGAGAAUGUAGACGGCUGAACCAAAAGUAUCGUGAUCCGCAUUUCGACAUCGAAUGGGACUUGAAGUCUGGGCAGCGGAAUUGUCUCGAUGGUUUGAGCAAUCCUGGAGACUCGAUGAAACCAAAGGGCGUCAAAAGAGUCACUGACAUCUUCGACAAUCCACAGUUCUACAUCAAUGGUCCAACAGCAGGUGACGUGCGCCAGGGCCGAGAUGGAGAUUGUUACCUCAUGGCGGCACUCUGCGGCCUGGGUAACAUGGACGGUCUGAUUGACAAAGUCUGUGUGAAGCAUGAUAUGCAGGUUGGCGUGUAUGGAUUCGUUUUCUUCCGAGACGGCGAGUGGCAACACACCAUUGUCGAUGAUAAACUAUACCUCCGCGCACCAGACUACGACGAAGCUCACGAGGAACGGGAUGUUUGGGACGAUAUCAAUCGAGUCGACUCUGCGGAGGAGUACCGGAAAGCCCACCAGACGGGCUCGCGAGCAUUGUACUUCGCCCAAUGCAGUGACGAGAACGAGACGUGGCUUCCUCUGCUUGAAAAGGCAUACGCCAAGGCGCACGGUGACUUCGCAAGCAUUGACGGCGGGUUCACUGGAGAGGCCAUUGAGGACCUAACGGGGGGUGUGACGACGGAGGUCUACAGUACAGACAUCCUUGACCGUGAGGCUUUCUGGCGAGACGAGCUCAUGCAAGUCGGUAAACAGUUCCUGUUUGGCUGCGCUACAGGCUUUUACUCGAACUGGCUGGACACCAGUGUGGUGUCACGCGAACGCGAGGGGAUAUCAGAAGGACAUGCAUACUCUAUUAUGGAUGCACGGGAAGUGAAAGGAGAACGCCUGCUCAAGCUGCGCAACCCGUGGGGCAAGAAAGAAUGGACGGGUAAAUGGAGUGAUGGGUCUUCCGAAUGGGACGCAGAAUGGAUGGCGCUCCUUGACCACAAAUUUGGUAACGACGGAGUGUUUUGGAUCAGCUAUGAUGACCUGCUCAAGAAAUAUCAGCACUUCGACCGGACACGAAUAUUCGGCUCUGAGUGGAAUGUCACGCAGUGUUGGGCGAGUGUCAAUGUCAGUUGGAGCUCCGAGUACCACAGCACCAAGUUUAGUCUGACCCUCGAGGAGAAAGCGCCAGUUGUGAUUGUCCUCGGACAACUUGACGACACAUAUUUCGGCGGCCUCGAAGGCGGGUACGGGUUCGACCUGCAAUUUCGAUUAGAAGCAGAUGACAAGGAAGACGAAAAUGACUAUAUCGUGAGAAGCAACGGCAACUAUGCCAUGGCGAGGUCUGUCAGCACCGACAUCGAGUUGGAGAAGGGGACGUAUUCGGUCCUCAUGCGAAUCACUGCAACAAGAAACACAGACAAAGACCAUCUGGAGGAUGUCUUGCCUGUCUAUGCAGCAACGAGGAGGGAAAAAUUGAUCCAGAUGGGUCUGUCGUAUGAUUUGGCUCAUGCCAAGGGUGUUCAUGUUGAAACGGAGUUGGAAAAGGCGGAAAGAAAGAGGAGGGAGAAGGCACGGAGAGUAACGGACAGAGAGAAACUGAAGCAGAGGAUGAAGAAACUGGCAGAGAAAGACUGGAGAAGGCAGAAGGAGCGGCACAGGAGAGACAAGGAACUAGUAGAAAGAGACAGGCGAAGGAAAGCGAGAAGGCAAAAUGCCAACGGUACCAUGGAAGAGUCGGAAAGACCUACGAGCCGAAACAUCGCGGAUGCCCAGAGUGCUGAUCAGUCCAUCAUCAUCGACGAACAGAAGUCUGAACGUCCACAGAAAGAUAUCAGUGCGGCAGAUGCACGGGGCGAAUCUCAACACGUUGAGGUUAUUGGCAUUGGCGAAGGCACCAAUAUCGUAAGGAAAGCUGACAAAACAGAUGAGGUCCUCGAACCAGUCAGUGGGCUGGAGAUGAUCCAGGAAAAGCAGGAUCUCACGAACUCAUCGGUCAAGUCCAUUGUUGAGCCACUGGCAGAUGUUCUCAAACGUGCAGACGAGGAAGACCAAGCCAAUAAGCAAGGAUCUGCGCCCGCUGAAUCGGAUAGAGCGAAACCCCCUGAGCUUGAGAACAGUGGCGAGAGAUCAGUCUGCGCUUCGACCCAGACAGAUCGAGAGCAGACUGCUGCCGAAACUCCAAAGCCAACAACGACCACGAUACCAAUUGCAUCGGCAGCGCCCGAACGCUUGAGCCGCGGUACACGAUCCAUGGCACAUAGACCACGAACUCACAGUGCGCACCAGAUGCCAAAUUCAUAUCCGCGCCGCAGUGAUACAAUUGACACAACUGCUGCGAUGAUCGGUACUGGUAGUGGCGUCGGUGAAGAAAGCCCUCACAAUAGCACCAGGGAAACAUACAUCGUCAUCCGGGAUUUCAACCGCGAUAACAUCGACGAACUCUCCGAUGCAGACUCAUUCCCUCCAUUCGAUUGGAACACAGAUAUUGACAUGUCUCCCGACUCAUCCUCGUCGUCCGACGAGUCUUCUUCAUCAUCUCAUCAACGGGGCCGUUACAGAAGCGUGCGUCGUCGCCGUCGCCCAUCGCGCCCUGGUCCCAUGCCAGGAUCUCCACCGCCAGUCAUCGACGUGGUUGAAAAGUCCGACGACGGUGGCGAAGGUCCCGAGGAACAAUGGAAUGCUGUCUGCGUAGUCGGCUUGCGCGUGUACUCGACACUCGGUGGGGACGGGGUCAGAUUAAAAGUUGUGAACCCACGAGAAAAGGAAUACGAGACUGAGGCAAAUAUAAAGAAUGGUAUCAACGCCAAUGACUGUGGAGUGGGUGGGGACGGUACUGCCGACGACACCACGACAGCUGAAGUGAAAUUAGACCCGGACGAUAUCUCGAAAGGUGCUGUUGUGGUGGAUCCAGAGAGCAGACCUUUAGAAUCCGACAGGCAACACCAGGCCAGUGCAGAAAUUGACAAACGCGACGAGAUGAAGUUGGGACUCAUGGAGAGACACAAAAGACGAGGAAGAUGCUAAUAAGCUUUCGACGUUUUGUUGACUUCGCCACGCUUUCAGC